CUUCUUCCCGUUUCAGUAGAUCAAUUCAAGAAUACCGAAAAGAAAAAAAUAAUUAUAUGUAAUCUAUAAGCUAUUAAUGUUAAAGAGGAGAGUUUCUUUGGCGAGACACAAAAUGUCUUGUACAUGAGAACAACACAAACAACGAAACAACCAAUUCCUUAAAAUCUCAAGCUCCAGGGUUAUCAGGGUUUAUCAAGAAGACCCGAAACUCAACUAAAAAUGAAAAAUUAUUCCAGUCGCUCAUUGAUCGUCUUUAUACGCACUCCAGCAACGUGCUGAGGAUAAUUAAGUGAACGAAGGAUGCACUUUACGCAUUUGAAAUUCACCUUUUGUGGUACAUGCAUCGAAAGUUAGCGUGUAGACCCCCCGCAACUUGAGAAAGUUUCCUAACGUUGCGUCGUGUGGAUAAAUCAUGUGGGUCUCUUAUUUCACGUUCAAUUCAGUAGCGCAGUGGUGAAACGAGUCAGUGGCAGCUUCACAAUGGCGGUACACUGGACGCGCCAUGGUAUCCGGACUGCUCGAUUGGUGAGAAAUGUGUCCAUCCCCAGUUUGGAACCUAUAAAGGUUCAUGUACUUCAAGGCCACGCCGCAAAACUCUAUUUCAUUUCUAACCACGUGUCUACGACGACCUGUUGGCGUUCUGAAAACAAAAUGGCUGGAGUUUUACACAAAAAUCUCUGGGAGACCGAUCCCGAGCUAUUCGACCUCAUCAAAAAGGAGAAACACCGUCAGAAUUGUGGACUGGAGAUGAUUGCAAGUGAGAAUUUCACGUCACUGAGUGUUCUCCAGUGUUUAAGUUCUUGUCUCCAUAACAAAUACAGUGAGGGCCUUCCAGGUGCUAGAUACUACGGUGGAAAUGAGUACAUCGAUCAGAUCGAGUGGCUGGCGCAGAAGAGAGCUCUAGCUGCCUACAGACUUGAUCCAGAGCAGUGGGGUUGCAAUGUUCAGCCUUACUCUGGUAGCCCAGCGAAUCUCGCUGUUUACACUGGCCUCAUUGAACCUCAUGGGAGGAUCAUGGGACUGGAUCUGCCUGAUGGUGGACACUUGACACAUGGCUUCUUUACUCAGAAGAAAAAAAUCUCAGCGACCUCGGUAUUCUUCGAGUCUAUGCCCUAUAAAGUAAAUCCAGAAACAGGUUUGAUCGAUUACGACAAGCUAUCGGAGAGUGCGAAGCUCUUCAAGCCAAAAGUCAUUAUUGCUGGAGUCUCGUGUUACAGCAGAUGUCUCGACUACAAAAGAUUCCGAGAAAUCGCUGAUGAGAACAACGCAUAUCUCUUUGCCGACAUGGCCCACAUUUCCGGGUUGGUGGCAGCUGGUGUGAUUCCAAGUCCCUUUGAGUACUGCGAUGUAGUCAGUACAACAACCCACAAGACCCUGAGGGGACCCAGAGCUGGUGUCAUCUUCUUCCGAAAAGGAGUCAGAAGUAUUGGCAAGAACGGUGAGAAGAUAAUGUACGAUCUUGAGAGCAAGAUCAAUGAGGCAGUAUUCCCAGGGCUCCAAGGUGGACCCCACAAUCACCAAAUAGCUGGUAUUGCAACAGCCAUGAAACAAGCCCAGAUGCCAGAGUUCAUUGACUACCAGAAACAAGUGGUGAAAAAUGCACAGAAGUUGUGUGAGUGCCUCCAAUCACGUGGCUACAAGAUCACCACGGGUGGAACAGACGUUCAUCUGCUUCUAGUCGACCUCAGGAACACUGGGGUCACUGGAUCCAAGGCUGAGAGAAUUCUGGAGGAUAUCUCGAUUGCUUGUAAUAAGAAUACAGUUCCUGGAGACAAGAGUGCCUUCAAUCCCAGCGGGAUUAGACUGGGGAUGCCUGCGUUGACGACUAGGGGAGUUAAGGAGGAACAUGUGGAUGACAUUGCUGAGUUCAUUCAUAGAGGACUCCAGUUAUCAAAAGAAGUGACAGCUAAGUCCGGCCCGAAGCUCGUGGACUUUAAAUCGGUGCUGGAGACCGAUCCAGAAAUCAAGUCAAAAGUGAAGUCCCUCCGUGAUGAAGUCGAAGCUUACUCAAAAAAGUUUCCGAUGCCAGGCUACGACGAAUACUAAAAAAGCGAUUGUUUCUCACUGCAGCCAUUUUCACAUAUUUGUUAAGCAAUUACUGACAUUGUUCCUCUUUCUAAUACGAUUGGCAGCGGUAUAUGAUAUUCCCUGCAUGUAUUUAAGCGAUAAACACAUGGUAUUUCUAGUUUUAUAAAGCAGGUGCAAGAAAAAUGAGCACUAUACAGACAAAGAAGAAUAUACAUUUUUGUAAAAUGA